AUGCCAUCGCGGACGCCCCCUCGCUACAACACCAUUCAAGCGCUCUUGUCGCCCAUGGACGACGACGACGAAGCCAUGAACUGUUCUUCGUGCGACGAAGACGACGCGUGCACGACCAGCCCCGAGUCGUCGUCGCCCCUCUCGUCCGCCACCUCACCAGACCGCAGCACGCGCGCGAUUCUGGCGCGUCUCAAGACGGGUCAAGACGUCUGCGUCGUCGUUGACCACGGCCACGUCAACUGGGUCGCGUCGUACAUGCAAUACGGCUUUGACUCGAACAGCAUUUUUCGCACGAUCGUGCCGGUGCGACCAACGUCGACACCGUGGACGCAAGACGAGCUCAACUACGUCCAAGCCAUCCAGCGCUGCAUCAAGGAUGGGCAUGUGCGGGUGCCGUAUGGCCGCUGCACGGCAACGUUCAUCGCCGAGCGAUUGCACACAACCCGCGAACGCGUGCACCGGUAUCUCAAGCUCGUGCCGUCGCCGUCGUCGGUCGAUGGCGCGACCGCGUCUGCUCUCGCCGAGCUCAAGGAGCUCCGAAGUUACUUUUUGAGCACACUCGAGCGCUCCGUGCUCUCGGUCAUGGCCAAUGUCGGCCUCGAUCAAUCGUGGGUGGUCGCGAUCAAAUACUGA